AUGGUGACCUUCAAAAUGUUUCGUCGGAAUGCGUCAACAAACCUCGAUAUCCGGUCUCCAGAGGAGAGGGCCUUGGUCCGACGCCUUGACAUGUUCCUGAUGACUUUCGGUUGUCUAUCACAGGUGAUCAAAUAUCUCGAUCAACAGAAUAUCAACAAUGCCUACGUAUCUGGCAUGAAGGAGGAUUUACACUUGUUCGGAAAUGAGCUCAAUCUAUUCACAACAUACUUCAAUGUCGCUUACUGCAUAAUGCUCAUCCCUUCCCAGAUUAUCCUCACCUACGUACGCCCGAGUUAUUGGCUCCCAGGCUUGGAAAUUGCAUGGGGUGUUCUAACCGGAUUGAUUGCGAUGACAAAAAGCGCAAAACAAGUCUACGUUCUUCGUGUAUUCCUCGGUCUAUGCGAAAGUAGCGCUUGGCCAGGAAUGAUGACAUUAUUCAUGUAUUGGUAUACCCCCACCGAACUGGCCAAGCGAAUGGGAUUCUACCACUCUUGUCAAGCAGUCGGCCAAAUGCUUUCAGGCGCCAUGCAAGCCGCAAUCACCGAUACUCUCGAGGGACACAAAGGACUCGCGGGAUGGCGCUGGCUAUUCGUGAUCAACGCAAUCAUCACGGUCAUCUGGGGAUUCGCGGGAUUUUUCAUGCUCCCCGAUCUACCAAAUCGACCUAACCCGCGCGCAUUUUGGUUCAAGAAAGUCCAUGGCGAACUUUCGCUAGAGCGGCUCGCGCGUAACGGCCGUGCCGAGCCAAAGAAGAUGACCUGGGCCGGCGUGAAGCGAACGUUCUCAGGAUGGGUUGUUUACUUCAUUGCAAUUCUAUAUAUUGCGACAGUCCUGGGAACAUACGGAUAUGUUUAUUUCGGGCUAUUCCUAAAAUCGCUGAAAAACCCAGAUGGGAGCCCAAGAUGGACUGUCACGCAGGUGAACGCUAUUCCCAUUGGAGGAUCUGCGAUCAACGUCGUGUUCGUUUGGAUUUGGGCUCUAUUAUCUGAUUACUUCGAAACUCGGUGGACACUCAUCGUUAUUCAGGCGGCUAUUGGAAUUAUUCCAUGUAUUAUCAUGAGCAUUUGGACCACACACCCGGCGUCUGUGGCUUUAUCUGCUGCCUAUGCGUCCUACUUUAUCUCAUACAUUUGUCUCGGUACGGCGCCGCUGAUCUUUGCCUGGCUCUCUGAUCUUAUCCCGCAGGAUCCAGAGGCACGGUCUCUUGUUGUUGGCGUUGCGGUUGCUGGGUACUAUGCCAUCUCCUCGUGGUCGCAGGUUCUUGUCUGGCCUGCGAGUCAAGCGCCAUUCUAUAAAUAUGGGUGGCAAUGCGGACUGGCCUUAUUGGUCCUUGUCAUUAUUAUGACGAGUGUUUUGAGAUUGAUCGAUGUGAGGUACCUUCUACCGAAGCGCGAAGAAUUCCGCGCUGUGUUAGAAGAGGAUAUUAUUGUGAGUAAAGGGGCUGGUCCGUCGCUGCCUUCUAAUCAGAUUGAGGGUCAGCAGCGCAUCGAUGGAAGCUCGAAGGUAUCUGCCACGUCAAAUCUGCGUGAGGUAUAG